AUCUGACCAAAAGAUGGAUGUGAUGAGGCAUCUUUCUUUUUUUAGUUCAGAAGUAUGCUAAAGGCAUUAAAUGUGGAAGAAACGGUCAUUUGUAUUAGUUGAAGAUGUCUUUUGAAAAAGUAAAAACAAAAUCAAGGUGUUCUUAAUUGCCUGAGAUUAUGUUAGAAUGUGUACAGCUUGAUUGCAUGAAAUAAAAUUUUACACCUAUUAAUAGUACCAUCUGACUGGAACGAAGAGACAAAUCUGUUUUAUUAGCUAAUCCAGUCCCAUUAUUAUGAACUUGUUUUGGAACUGCCCAAUUAGUCAUACUGUGCAGCUGAAACCAGUUUGGUUAUUCAGCAUUCUUGAUAGAUUCAUAUACAUGCAAUGUUUGAUCUUGUGGUCAUAAAUCAAGUCUAGAGUAUUGCUACUUCAAUUGUUUUUUGUGGGUUCAACUCUGAUUCUGCAGGAGGCUUCUCCAAAGUUUAGGGAUGGCUUCAUCAGGGCAGAAGAAAAACCAGAUUACAUUCUCUGCACUGAUUGUUUUGCUUCUUUUUCUAUUCAUUGGUCUGUGUAUUAUAAGUAAACAUGCUGUGAAUCCCAAUCCUCUCAUGGACAAGGAGUUGUGGCUUGGUCUUCCCCUUUUCUCUUCUAUAUUUGAAAAUCCUGAGAUGAAAACACUUGGUCUCAAUUCAUCACUGCUUCCCUUGGAUAAUAUAAAUGAUCCUAGUACGAUUACAAACGUUGUUGAUAAGCAUGUCGUUAUCAAGGACGAGGAAACGGAACAGAGUAUGUUGAGUGUGUCUCCAUCUGCUACACCAGUCUCUGAUAUCGGGGUAAUACAGGCUGAAACUGAUGAGAGAAGAGGCCAUGUAGAUGCUGAGGAAGAUACCCUAGUUUCCAACAUCUCCUCUGUAGUUUUUUCGAAGGCUGAAGGAAGCCCUACCAUGGCAGUGAGACCUGUAGAAAUCCCACAAGUCAAGGAUCCUGAGAAAGAGGAAGAAGAAAGCCCGAAAUCAAGGAACGCUGUGGAUUCUCAAAUAUCUAAGGCAAGCCCUACCAUGGCAGUGAGACCUGUAGAAAUCUCACAAGUCAAGGAUCCCUGGAAAGAGGAAGAAGAAAGCCCGAAUUCAAGGAACGCUGUGGAUACCCACAUGUCUAAGCUGGCUGAGAACGAGAAAACCAUGUGCAACAUUUGUUCAGGGAGAUGGGUAAAGGAUGUUUCUUAUCCCCUUUAUGAGCCUAGUUCCUGUCCUUACGUUGAUGAAGCUUUCAACUGCCAGGACAACGGGAGGUCUGAUACGGAUUAUCAAAAAUGGAGAUGGCAAGCUAAUGACUGUGAACUUCCAAGAUUCAAUGCAACGGACUUCUUGGAAAGACUCAGGGGCAAAAGGCUUAUGCUGGUGGGGGAUUCAAUGAAUCGAAACCAGUUUGAAUCCAUGCUUUGCCUUCUUCGUGAAGGCCUUUCUAAUAAGAGCAGAAUGUUUGAAACCCAUGGCUAUCGCAUCACAAAAGGAAGGGGAUACUACAUUUUCAAAUUUAUGGACUAUAAUUGCACUGUAGAAUUUUGUCGGUCACAUUUUCUAGUUAGGGAAGGACGGUCGGUUAGACCAAAUGGAAAGACAAGGCCUACUUUGAUGAUUGAUCGAAUAGAUAAAACUGCUCCUAGGUGGAAGAGAGCUCACAUUCUUGUUUUCAACACAGGGCAUUGGUGGACGCAUGGAAAGACAGCAAAAGGGAAAGAUUACUAUCAAGAGGGAAAUGAAGUGUAUGGACACUUAGAUGCACUGACAGCAUUCAGGCGGGCAUUGACAACAUGGGGAAAAUGGAUUGAUGAAAAUCUGAAUCCUGCAAAAACACAAGUUUUCUAUCGUGGCUACUCCCCUGCUCAUUUUAGGGGAGGUCAAUGGAACUCUGGUGGCAGGUGCACAGGUGAAACCCAACCUAUUUUUAAUGAAACGUUUCUUGAUAGCUAUCCUGUUAAAAUGCAAAUUGUAGAGGAUGUCAUCCAUCAAAUGCAUACUCCUGUUACAGUUUUGAAUAUUACAAGAUUGUCAGAAUUUCGGAAGGAUGGACAUCCUUCUGUUUAUGGCAAGCAUCUUACAGAAUUAGAUGGAAAAAGACCUAGGUAUCAGGACUGCAGUCACUGGUGUUUGCCAGGGGUUCCAGAUACAUGGAACGAGCUUAUUUAUUCUUCUUUGGUCAUAGAAAAGAGGAGGGACCAUAAGUAAUUGACCAGGGAAAAUUGUACAUGUCUGAGGAGAUUAAAAAUGAGUUGAAAUUAAAAAUUGUGCAGAGAGCACAAUUGAGUUGAAUAUGGUAUUAACAGAUUGUCGUUUCAAGCUGAAGGUUUGCAUUAUGGAGGCUAGUUAUCUAUACUUCCUAAGUCAUCCCCUCGAUGACACAAUCUCAAAAGUAAAUGGUGUUAAUUUUUUUGGAAGCUUGGUCACUCUUCCAUACAGUUAGCAAUGGUAUGAUUGCUACAUGAUACAUCUUAUUUAUGUAUGACUCUUUGUACUUCUAAGUGUAAAAUGGGGUAUCAUUACUAGUCAACAAAUUCUGAUAAAUAAUCUGUUAAGGUGGGAUCCACGAGGCAUAAAAAUCCCAUAGUUACAUUUUUGAAGCAACUUGAAAUUGAGAAGAAAACAGUUGCAUGUUUCAAGUCUUUGGAAUCGCUUUUAAAGUUAAUGUGUUGAUGUUAUACUGACUGCAAGGAUAGAUCUCGAAAUAAUAUUGGAGUUGUAGUUCUUGGCUUAUCGUAUGUUAAAGCAUACUUUAAGUGGUAUAUCAUUUAGUUUGUAAGAAAUACCAACAGAUUGAUUUGUUUGCA